GCGUCGGUGCGCUGUACCCCGUCGGCGUCGGUGCGCCGUACCCCGUCGGCGUCGGUGCGCUGUACCCCGUCGGCGUCGGUGCGCCGUACCCCGUCGGCGUCGGUGCGCUGUACCCCGUCGGCGUCGGUGCGCCGUACCCCGUCGGCGUCGGUGCGCUGUACCCCGUCGGCGUCGGUGCGCCGUACCCCGUCGGCGUCGGUGCGCUGUACCCCGUCGGCGUCGGUGCGCCGUACCCCGUCGGCGUCGGUGCGCUGUACCCCGUCGGCGUCGGUGCGCCGUACCCCGUCGGCGUCGGUGCGCCGUACAUAG